AUGGGCGACGGCGACGAUACUCAACGCUCUUCGAGCAAGAAGAGAAAGAGCAAGAAGACGGCCGAAACGGCGACAGAGGAAAUAAAUGAACCCCAAGAUGAGCAGCCUUCUCGAAGGAAGAAAUCACGCAAGAAAGAUGCUGAUCAUACCGCUGCUGUCGAUGCACCGAUACCUCCGCAAUCCAUAGAGGGUGUCACUGAUGGCGAGGAGAAGCCAUCCAAAAAAGAGAAGAAGAAAAGAAAGAAUAACAAGGACACCAUUGCUGAGGAAGAGGUCGUGCAGCCUGUGGACGAUACCGCCGUACCGGAGACCCCAUUAGAUGAAGAUACCACCUCCAAGCACAAAAGGAAAAAGGGCAAGAAACGCAACCCUUCCCCCAGCCAUGAAGUCGAUCCAACUGAGGAGCCAGUGAAGAAGAAACGCAAAAGGUCGAAGCCAGAUCCUUCAGAAGACGAGGCACUAUCGGAGCAAGCACGAAAAGCACUGAUUUAUGCGCACUCGUAUGUUCGCUACCCGGACUCAUGGAAGUUCAACAAGGCCCGGCAGAAUUGGCUCAUUCGCAAUAUCUGGUCCGAUGAACUGAUCCCAGAGACCUAUUUCCCCAUGUCGAUAAAGUAUCUUUCCAGCGUGAAAGGUGGCAUCCGAGAAGCCCUGAUUCAAGCGUGCAAGACCUUGUUAACCGGUGAGACUAGCGCAGACACGCCCAAAGACGACACAGCUACGGACGCCGAACAAUCUAGUGACGUGAAACGGACUAGAGCACAACUCUUACUCGACACACUGCAGGUUGAAUCAUGA